UGUCCCUCCUGCUGCUGCCUGCCUGCCGCUCCCUCCGCUCCGUCGUCAGUCGCAGUCGCACGCCCACAGCUACGCUGCUCCACCCUCCAUGUCCGACGUGGCUCGAACCGCCCAACCCACCAGGUGUUCCUACGAGAUCUUCGGUUUCGCCAUCGCCACGUGGCUCCUGGUCCGUCAUUGGCGGCGAGAUUGGGGACGAGAGCGCUACCCAGCGGAUUUCCCAGUUUCCCAGAUAUCCGACUCUUUAUCGGCGUUAGGGUAGCAUCAACAGUGUUUUCAGUAAGCGAGCUUCGCGGGUGCAAUAGCUACCUCUAGCGUCCGCAUCCCUUCAUUCGUUCUCGAUAGUCGGUAGUUUUCGUUAAUGCCUCUCGAGCAACACGCGUCAGAUCGAUCGCAUUAGUCUCUGCACCCGUCCCCAUCGCUAGAUCUACAACCGCAGCCGAUCGACCAACUUGUUCGAAAAUUUUAGGCGAGCUGCAGCAGGCGGAGUGACGACAUUAGACGACCGAGUGACGAGAUCGGCAGGUCGGUCAGCUGUCGCGACAUCAGAAUCCGCGUUUUGACCAGCGUCGCACGUCUUUCAACGCCGUCCGCUUGGAUCCGCGCAUUUCCAUGGACUUGCCCUCUAAUCCCUCGCUUCCAGGAAACUCCCUCCUCGCCUCCGCACCUCCCUCCCAGCCACUCUUGUCCUCGUCUCCCCUCACCCCGCCUCCCGCUCUCCCCCGUACUAUCCCGCAAGCGGGACUCGUUUCCGCGAAUCAUCAGCUAGCGCAACCUAGUUCCGCCGCACCCGGCGCGACUUCCGCCAUCGCCUCUGGCGCAAGCGAAAUUCCCGCAAUGUCGCACCCCGUUGCCUCACAAGCUUCCGCAAUGCGGCCUGUUGCGCCUGCGCCUGGCAGAGUUCCGCGGAUUGCGCAGGUCACGUCAGCGCGGGUGACCCCUCAGCCUCCGCCUCAACCUUCCCCUUACCCUCAAUCUGCGCCUGCGCAAGCAUCUGCUCCGCCUCAGCCUUUGCCGCAGCAGGUGCAGCAAACUCAGAGGCAGCAGCAACUGCUAUCCCAGCAGCAGCAAUCGAUGCUUCAGCAGCAGCAGCAGCAGAUUUCACAGCCCCAGGCGCAGCAGCAGCAGCAGCAGCACACACCGCAGAAGCCGUCGCUGCUGCAUCCCCUGCCUCCCCGCGUGCACCAGCAACCGAGACCCAUAGCCAUUCGGCCAGUGCAAGCAACGGUACAGCAGCAGGCGCAGCAGGCGCAGCAGGCGCAGCAGUUUCAACACCAAACGUCACCCCUUGCAUCGAAAACACCCCCACAGCAGGCACAGCAACCAACGCACCCGGUGCUUCCGUCGAGCCAGAAGCAGCAACCUUUGCAGCAGCAGGGCCUGCCAGCUCAGGGAAGCUUUCUUCCAGCGCAGCAGCAGGGGACGCAAGCGUCUCAGCAGCUGCUGCAGCAACAGCGGCAACAGCAGCUGCAGCAACGGCAGCAACAGCUACAGCAGCAGCAACUGCAGCAACAGCAACAUCAACAGCGGCAGCAGCAGCAACAACAACAGCAGCAACAGCAACAGCAACCGCAGCAGCAACAGCAACAGGAACAGCAACAGCAACUACAGCAACAGCAACAGGGGCAACAGGGAGUCGCUCAGGCGCAAACACAGCAGCAGCUGAUGAAGCAGCUGCAGCCGUUGUUGAUGCAGCAGCAAAAGCAGCGCCAGGCGCAACAGUACGCCCAGCAGCAGCAGCAGCAGCAAUUGCAGCCAGAAAUGCUUCAGAAAUUGCAAGCCACGCAACAAAGCUCACUCCAGCAACAGCAGAAGCAUUCACAGCAGCCGCUGUUGCCGCUGCAGCAGCAGCAGCAGCAGCAGCAUGCAUUGCAAAAGCAACAGCGAAAUCCGCAACAACAGCAGCAGCCACAGCAGCAGCAGCAGCUAAGGCAGGGUCCUCAUGCGUCACCGGCGCUGCUAGCCCAGCAGGUGAACGCGUCUCAGCAGAGAGCGCUGCAGCAGGAUCAGCUGCUUCAGAAGCUCACCCCGCAGCAGCGGCACCUGCUGUCGCAGACGUUUCAGCAGCAGCAGCAGCAGCAGCAGCAGCAGCAGCAAAUGCAAAUGCAGCAGCAGCAGCAGCACACGCAGCAGCAAGGCGGUGCACUGCAUCCACAGAACCAUCCCCAGCACAAGCCACUGGCCCCAAAGCCUCAGGCGCCGCCCCCUGCAUUGCUGCCGCUUUACCAGCUGCACCCCCCGCAGCCCCUAAACUCAUCCCCUCAGGUGGCAAACGCGUCCCAUCCUGCCCAGUCGCACGUGCAGAACCAGAGUGCGGUGCAGGCGCAGCCGCGAGCAGGGGCGCAGGCGCAAGUGGGUGCCCAGCUGCUGCUGCCUACCGGGGCAGGAGGAGCGGAGCAGCAGAUGAAACCUCCUAUGAGUGCAGCAGCCAAACAGGUACAGGCGAGGAUGGUGCAGGCCCAGCAACAGGCGCAGGCCCAGCAACAGGCGCAGGCCCAGCAACAGGCGCAGGCACAGCAACAGGCGCAGGCACAGCAACAGGCGCAGGCACAGCAACAGGCGCAGGCACAGGCCCAGCAGGGGCUGCAGGGGCGGCAGGGGCAGCAGCAGGGGCAGCAGCAGAUUAAUGCCCAGAGGCAGCGGCUUCAGCAGCAAGUGGAAGGGUUUCUGCAGCAGCAACAGGCCGUACAGGGGCAGGGCCAGGGGCAACAGCAGGAGCAGGGGCAGCAGCAGGAGCAGGGGCAACAGCAGGGCCGACAGCAGGGGCAAGUGCAGGGGCAGGGGCUGGCGGUGCAGGCUGUGCAUCAGCAGGGGAAGGUACAGCAACAGCAGCAGCCACUGAAGCAGGCACAACAGCAGCAGCCAGUGCCAAAGCCACAGCAUCACCAGAAAGCACAACCACAGCAGAAGCAGCAGCAGGCACAAGCACAAGCACAUGUACAGGCACAGGCACAGCAGCGGGUGCAGCAGGCUCAACCAAGGCGAGCACAAGACAAGUCUCACCACCCCCUUGAGCUGCCCGCCCUCUCCUCCUCCCGCCUGCCCCGACUCACCUCGCCGUCCUCUCAACUCAAGCGGCCCACCGCCCAAGCAACCCCCUCAGUUGCGGCAAAAACUGAGAACCAAACCGGCAAUGGGCCCUCUGGCCCUGCUGCCCCUUCCCCAUCGCCUCCCCUGCCCCAUGGCUCUCACACAGCAGGGCAGGGAUCUGGCACAACCAGGCGAAGUCUUGCUGGCUCAGGGAGAGGGGCAGGUGAUUUCUCAGGUGGUCAUGUGAAGGAUGGGUUGGUGCCAGGUGCGGUGCCAGGUAAGGCCCUUGCAGAGGUGAAGAGGGUUGGGGUGGGUGUGCAGCAGGCAGUGGCGGGGAGGGGGGCUGCUGAUGCCAAGGCUGCAGCUGAGGCGGCUGCAGCAGCAGCAGCGCAGGCGGAGAGGGAGAAGUUGAGGCGGAGGAAAAUGCAGAUGCGGGCGCUGCAAGCCGUGCUCUCCCACUGCUCUGCGGAGUCCACAAGAGCACACAAGCUCCGCCUGCAGAGGCUCCGUGAGGCUGACGAAGCUGCAGCGCAGGCUCGGGCCGAGGCUCUGGCUCGGUACACGACCAACGCGGAGCUGCUGCAGGAGAUAUUCUCCUGCGACUCCACGCAGCUCUCUUGCCUCGCCUCCUGUGCCAUGCUGCGCAGCCGUGCGGGCCCUUCUGGUGCUCAUGGGGAGCAGGAUGUAGCAGAGGGAGGCGAGGGGGGUGAUGGGGAGGAGGUGAAUGUGCGUGCGGCAGAGGCGGGGUUUGAGAUGCUUGCUGCUGUGGCAGCUGAAGGCUGUGGAAGGGAGUCUGGGGAGGGGAAUGUGGGGUCCUGUGGGGCUGAUUCUAGAGCUGCUGGUGCUUCUUCGGCUGCUGUUGGUCUGACAGGGUCGUGGCUUAGGGUGGCACUGUACGGAACUGUAACGAGUGGUCCGUCCGUGCUAUCGACUAAGUCUUCUGCUGGAUUUCGAGCAGGAGAGAGGGCUGUCGGAGUGGCCAAUGAGGGGAAGCGGUGGGCACAGGAGGUGGCUGUAAUGGCAGCUGACUUUGACCCUGUGACGAUGGGAUUCAGAAGUCAGCAGGCAGGCAGGGAGCAGACUGCAGGGAUACAUGAGGUUGGUGGGAAGAGACCCAGGGGGGAGGGUGGAGAGGGAGAGAUUGAGGAGGUAGGACGUGGCGGGAGGAGGAGAAUGCGGGGUGCGGCUUGGGAUGAUGCGGCACCAUCGGCACCUGUGUUCACAAAUCAUGCUUCACGUCACUGGGGUGGUCGAUGGGGGGAAGGCUCUGUUGCAAGUGCUUCCGAAGCAGUUGCUGUUGACGACACAGAGGAUGAUGUAGAGGAGAUGGAUGAUGAAGAGAAGAGGUUUGAAGAGAUGCUGGAGGAGAGGAAUAAGAAGAUGGACGAGUUUGAGAAGAUCAUGACAGUAGCAGCUGCAGCAUCAAGUGCAAGUGACAUUGGAAAUUGUGAAGCAGUGUUUGCGUCAUGUUUCCCCCAUCUGCUAGGGGAAAUGAAGCUUUGAUCGAUUUCUCUGGAUGGUGUGAACUCUAGUCUCUAACUAUUCUGAUUAUAUGACUAAUUUGAAAAAUUGGGUAGGAACAUGCAUUGUAUUGAGUUGACUUAGU